GGAGACAACUCUUUACUUAGGUUUGCAAACUGCGAAGCACCAUCCAACUCAGUUGGUGUGCCCGUCCCUAGAGGCGUUUUUAAAAGCUUGUUUACCCCAGGGAGGGAGAAAUUUCCGUUGGUGGGGUUGCCGAGUGAUCGGUUGACGUUUUUUUGCUCAUGUCUGUGAGACGCAGGGAACUUUCCAGGUGUUCAAACCUCAGAAUGUUCAUCGUGAUUCCCAGAGGGGCUGCUCUUCCGAGAACUCCACAAAAUGGUGGCUGAUGCAAGAUGGAGUCAGGGUUGUCAACCCUUCCCCGACCGCUUUUCUUCUGCGGUGUGAACCAGCACACGCAUCCUCUGAAGACACCAUAACAUAAUCCGAUUCCUAAAGGGAGUCCGAGAACUGACAAUCUCGCCGCGCUGACAGAUUCCCUUCCCUAAGAAAGGCGAUUCGGCUCCUCCCAGACCACUGACCGCACAUUCGAUAGUCUUUCAACUCAAUCGUUCAAUGUAGCAGUUUCUGUCGUCGGGCAAAAAGUUAGAAAAACGGAAAGCCCAUUCUCUUCGGUGAUGAUAUACCCUCGAGGCUCAACAUAAUGUGGAUUAAAUUUCUUAAAAGCAAAAGCGAGAAACACUGCUCGUGGCGAAUCUGCUUCUUCCAAUAUAAAGGACCGCUCGGGCAGGCGCGAGGAAUCUCCUGGCGCUUCGAGUCCGUGGAGUCCGCUGGCUAAGGUGGGAAGGGAAGCCCGAGCCUUGCUGAGAACAUGAGUGAUUGGAUGCCCAUUGCCAAGGAGUAUGACCCGCUUAAAGCUGGCAGCAUUGAUGGCACUGACGAAGACCCACACGAUCGCGCUGUCUGGAGGGCAAUGUUGGCACGAUACACCCCCAACAAAGGCGUCACAGGAGACCCCCUCCUCACCCUGUUUGUGGCGAGACUAAACUUGCAGACCAAAGAGGAGAAGUUAAAGGAAGUAUUUUCCCGCUAUGGGGACAUCCGGCGGCUUCGGCUGGUGAGGGACUUGGUCACCGGCUUUUCAAAGGGCUAUGCGUUCAUUGAAUACAAAGAGGAGCGUUCUCUGAUCAAAGCUUACCGAGAUGCAGACGGCCUGGUUAUUGACCAGCAUGAGAUAUUUGUGGACUAUGAACUGGAAAGGACCCUCAAAGGGUGGAUCCCUCGGCGACUUGGAGGGGGUCUGGGGGGGAAAAAGGAAUCCGGGCAACUGAGAUUUGGGGGGCGUGAUCGGCCUUUUCGAAAACCCAUUAAUUUGCCAAUUGUUAAAAAUGACCAAUACAGAGAGGGAAAAAGGGAAAAGCGGGAGCGAUCUCGGUCUCGAGAAAGGCACUGGGACUCUCGGGCAAGAGACCGAGACCACGACCGUGGCCGGGAGAGGAGAUGGCAGGACAGAGAGCCAACCAGGGUGUGGCCAGAAAGUGACUGGGAGAGAGAGAGGGACUUCAGAGAAGACAGAUCCAAGGGUCGGGAGAAGAGGGACCGAAGUAAAUAGAGACUCACCACCCCCACCAGAACCCAGGUGAAGACACAGCAUGAAUAGAAGCACAGAGAGAUCUGUGUUGCUUUUAUACGGUUUGUAUGUCCAGUGCUUGAAUAAAAUUUGCUGAUGGUGA